AAUGCUGCCACUGUUAUGCUCGACGGCGAGGCCAAGAGAUACAGUCAACAGUAUGGCAAGUUUCACGUGUUGUCGGAUUUUGAUGAAGGUAAACGUAGCUGUAGAAGAAAGUUAGAGCGCCAUAACAAUAGGAGGCAAAGAAAGCCAGCAGAUUCAAGAGCUGAAGCUUCUCAUGAACCUCUACCUGUUGCACAAAAUGAGGAUUCAAAUAAUGAUGGGGAAACAGGAAAAGGUUUAGAUUCUUCAAAUUUGAGUUGUGAAAUAAAUGAAAAAGAAGCGUCACUGGAUCUUGAAGAUGAACCAGUUGCCAAUCUGAACUCAGCUCCUGAUAUGCAGAAUAUUACAAAUGACAGUGUUAUGACUUUUCUUACUUCUGGGGAAACACAAGUGAAUAGUGGAAAAGAUGCUUCCAACCUCUCUAACUCUCCUUCAUAUUGUGACAAUAAGAGUGCUUAUUCAUCUUUGUGCCAAACAGGUCGGAUUUCUUUCAAGCUUUAUGAUUGGAACCCUGCAGAAUUUCCUAGAAGGCUACGCCACCAAAUAUUCCAAUGGUUGGCGAGUAUGCCUGUUGAGCUUGAGGGAUAUAUCCGCCCAAGGUGUACCAUCCUGACAAUUUUUCUUGCCAUGCCAAAGAAUAUGUGGAUAUAUUUAUAGGAAGACCCUAUGUACUAUGUGCGCGAUCUUGUUGCUCCUGGAAAGUUCCUAUCUGCUAGAGGCAAUGCACUAAUUUAUCUGAAUGAUAUGUUCUUCCGCGUUAUGAAAGAUGGAACUUCUAUGACAAAAUUCAAGGUAAAUAUGCAGGCACCAAGGCUUCACUAUGUUCAUCCCACAUACUUUGAGGCUGGAAAACCUCUGGAGUUUGUUGCUUGCGGAAGUAACUUAAUGCAGCCUAAGUUUCGGCUUCUUGUAUCUUUUUCUGGAAAGUAUCUGAAGUGUGAAUAUUGUGUUCCAUCUCCACAUAACUGGACUGGGAACAAUAUGUCAUGUGCUUUUGAGAAUCAGUUAUACAAGAUAUAUGUCCCUCAUACAGAGGAAACUCUCUUUGGGCCUGCAUUUAUUAAGGUGGGAAUUCUCUUAUUUUUGUGUUUCCUUUACUAUGUGAUGAUGACGUGGAUUUUUUUUCCUGACCAUGAUGCUUUUUGGCCGGUUGAAUGUGAUUUCUUUUCUUUCUGAUUCACUAACUUGUGCCUUUUUAUACAAACAAAUUUGGUUGGAUUAUAAUAUUUCAACAUUUGUGCAUAAAAA